AACACCUGUUUUAUUGCUUUCUAUCAAGCAGUUUGCGAACGGGACUUUUAUUCGGUUGUGGCGUAUGAUGUCAUAAAUAAGCGCCGCGCUCCUGCAUCUGUUGUGAUUCGGGUGAAGAAAGAGUGUGCAAACACAGAAAAACUCCUGGUGAAGCAGUUGAGAUUCACAUGACACUAUUAUAAAGAUGGAGUUUAAAGAGGAGAGUCAAGACAUGAAGAUUGAAGAAGAAUUCAGAGUCAAAUAUGAAGAUACUGAGGAACAAACAGAUCUGAUGGCACUGAAAGAAGAGAGGCAAGAUCUGAAUAAAAUGGAAGAGCAAGAUCAGUAUAAGGAACAUCACAAUGUAAUAAUUGGAGAAAAAUCUUUUAGUUGCUCACAGACUGAAAAGACAUCCUUAGAAGAGGAAAGAAGCGCUCAAAAGACAGGAAGUAGAGAUUACUUCGUCUGCCAACAGGUUGGAAUAAGUUCCAUUCAAAAAGGAAGCUUUAAACACCACAAUAGAAUUCACACUGGAGAGAGCCCUUUUACCUGUCAACAUUGUGGAAAGUGUUUCAGUCAACAUGGAAACCUUAAAGUCCAUAUGAGAAUUCACACUGGAGAGAACCCAUUCACCUGCCAACAGUGUGGCAAAAGUUUCAGCCGAAAAGAAAACCUUGAAGUACACAUGAGAAUUCACACUGGAGAGAACCCUUUCAAAUGCCAAGAGUGUGGAAUAAGUUUCAACAGAAAAGGAAUCCUUGACAGGCACAUGAGAAUUCACACCAGAGAGAAGCCUUACACAUGCCAACAGUGUGGAAUAAGUUUCACUCAAAAAGGAAGCCUUACACGUCACACUAAAAUUCACACUGGAGAGUGCUCUUUCACCUGCCAACAGUGUGGAAUAAGUUUUAUUCGAAAAGGAAGCCUUAUACGCCACAUGAGAACGCAUACUGGAGAGAAGCCUUAUACAUGUCCUCAGUGUGGAAGGAGUUUUCCACAUAAACCAACGCUUAAUGCCCACAUGAGAAUUCACACUGGAGAACCCUUUCAAAUGCCAAGAUGUGGAAUAAGUUUCACUCAAAAAGGAAGCCUUACACGUCACACUAAAAUUCACACUGGAGAGUGCUCUUUCACCUGCCAACAGUGUGGAAUAAGUUUUAUUCGAAAAGGAAGCCUUAUACGCCACAUGAGAACGCAUACUGGAGAGAAGCCUUAUACAUGUCCUCAGUGUGGAAGGAGUUUUCCACAUAAACCAACGCUUAAUGCCCACAUGAGAAUUCACACUGGAGAGAAGCCAUUCGUGGCAACACUGGCCCGACCUGGUGUUUCACAGUCUGAAAAGAAACAAAGGGGACAGAAUAUGAACAACAACAAACUACUAAAGAUGGCAACAACAAUAGAUGGUAACGUGGAUGAGUGCGGGGAUUAA